AGAUUCGACCCCAAUUCCUCCUGACCCCGGAAGCCCACAAAAUCAACCGUCUUUUACAGGAAGUGGACCGUGUCAAUAGAAAACAGAAAAGCGACAUUGAGCGGAUUUUGAAGCGUUUCAUGACACAGGUGACCGGGCCCAAAACACAGACGAUGGCUUGCGGCUUGUCCUCGGGUUUCUUUAAAGAGCAGCUUACUGCCAGCGUGGAGAGAGAAGCAAGGGCGACCGCGCACGGUAUGCUGAAGAAAUUCUCCAAGUUUGUGGAUGGUUGCUUUUCUGUUUUCCAAGCGAAACUGGAAGACCACCAGAAUCAGGUUAUAAAGAUGAGAGCCGAAGCCGAGAACUAUUUUGUCCUCUUAGUCGAAGAAGCGGUAAAAGCGGCGGCAGAGAUUGUUGCCACAGAGCUUGUGGGUUUCUUUGACAAACGCGUUGCCGAUUUCCAGCUGGAAAUGUCUGUAAAGGAUAAAGAGAUUGAGUGCUUAAAGCUGCAGCUGGAGAUUUCCCAAUGCGAAGUGAGUGCGAUGCGUGGACACCAGAAUUUGGCAGGCGGCAUGAUGACGGCGUGGGCAGCGAGCGAUACAGCCAGAGGGGAGGUAGCAGUUGGUAUUAAAAGUGUACCUCAUAUGGAAAGCAUUGGCAAGGAAGAUGGGAUAUUUAGUCAGUUGGCCUGUGUGUCUCAACUGGGAGGACAAACUCUGACUUUCCAUGAAAAUGAAAAUGGGUUCUCUCGGCAGAUCUCAAGCUGCAACGAGAAAGAGGGAUCCAAAAUAGAGCAGAAAACCACCCACAUCAAAGUGAAUGAUUCUAAUAAAAGUGAACCUCAUGAUCCAGCUUGUGAUCUUGUUAAAGAAGAAAAUUGCAGGACGGGCUUUGCUUACAUUAAAAAGGAGGCUUGUGAGCAGAUGUAUGUCCAAAUUAAACAAGAGGUCUGUGAGGAGGACUGUGUAUACGGCCACACAUCCGAGAAUGAAAGAGUGCAAGUCCACAAACCAGAAUCUGCAUCUGAAUGUCCCUUUCCUGACGUUAAAGAGGGUGCAAAUGUUACUCACGGUCCCCAUCAGCUGUCAUCUGUAGACUUUGAAAGCCACAGAUCCAAGUCACUGCAGUGGGAAAGUGAAAGAUCUGAGGAAGAAGCUCCAUCAACUGUCAGCCAGCUGCCAACAACAGUUGAAAUACCACAGUGGAUCCAGACAACAUUUGCUCUGCAUCAUUGUCUUAUAUGUGGGAAGACAUUCAAACAAAAAAGUUACCUAGAGAGACACCAGCGGAUUCAUAAUGGAGAGAAGCCAUUUCAUUGUACGGAAUGUUGGAAGGGUUUCACAUUGAAAUGUAAACUUGAAAAGCACCAGAGAAUCCACACUCAGGAAAAUCCGUACAUCUGCACAGAAUGUGGGAAGGCAUUUAUGAAAAAAAGUAACCUUCAACGACAUCUGCGAAUUCAUACCGGAGAGAAGCCCUACAGCUGCACAAAAUGUGGAAAACGGUUCAUCCAGAAAAGUCACCUCCAGAAACAUGAAGGAAUUCAUGCUGGGGAGAAGCAAUAUGCUACCUCGGAAACGACAGCAGGACCUGUCCAUCUUCCUUCUUUGCCGACAUUGACCGCACCUGCAACAUCUUCACUGCCUGCCACCUGGACUCCUGCUGCUCCAGCUACAUCAACGGUGGUAUUUUUUCCGGGGCCACUGACGGUUUGUAGUGUUCAAAAAUCAUAGCAGCAGCCAGCUCCUGCACUCCAAAAAUGAGUGGCAUAUAUUUGUCUGCUAAAGAACAAGUCGCAAUUGGCUGAGCUUGUAUGUAAUGGCAACUUGUCUUUGCACCAACAUAUUCAAUCGAUGUUGUGCUGCUAUGAGUAAUGGUGGUUUUCCACUGAAUUUUGGGUAAGAUCUACCAGGUCAAUGAACAUAGAUUUAGACCAAGGUGAGGACACACCACAGUUGAAAGCAAUGUACAAAAGGACAGGUAGAAGAGCAUGCUUUUUAAAGGCACCAUGAUGUCAGUGAUAAGCAAGUCAGUAUCAGUUAAGAUAAAUACAUCAUGUCACAAGGGCUAUAUAGCACAAGAAGCAUGACGAAAACAAUGUGGACUUGUUGCUUCAUGCAACAAUAAAUGAAUCAGAAACAGUAAGAGGAAAACAGGUAAGCAACCUCCACACCGAUCUGCAGCGUAUAGUUCUUUUGGGCAGGAUUGUGGUAGACUGUUAUACCCACAUCACACACGCCAACUUGUCCUAAAAGAUUAUUACGUAUGGGAUGAUAGUCUUUUUUGGCAUUCUUCUGCCAUCAUUUUAUCUUCUUUCUUCAGCUCCGCUAAAUUACUCAGUAAAUAAAGUAUAACGAUAGGGUUAAAGUUUAAGAUUUUGCUCCUGUUUUCUUGCUUUCCUCUUAGAUACACAAUAUGUUGUAUUUGUCAAAGCAGUGAGCUUUGUGUCGUCUUG